UGUGAGUACCCUAGUACAUAACGGUGGAAAUUGCUGUAGUUGCUGUAACAAAGUCGCUUUUGUAGACGUCUACUUUGUAAAAUAUGUUUCAAAAGUCACUAUAACACGUCAUGGUAAAAAGGAUUGAACAACAGAAAGCCUAAAUGUCUGCAACGUUAAAAUACUGUUGCAAGCCCAGCAUUCAAUAUCUUAAUCACAUGAAUGUGCUCGUUGGUGAUCACCUUGACGUGGCCGCUAGUGGUGGCGCUAUUUCAGCCGCUUUACACGCCGCUGUGUAGCUUAAUGUGUAAUAACGUAUUUAUAGAGUAAAGCGACUCAUUUAGUUGCAAUCUCGCACCAUCGUCAGGUCAGACUAAUACUAUGUCCAAUAGUUUGGUACAUGUUAGGACCAUGGAUGUGAUGGGUACAAUAUUCAACAUACUUGAACAGUUCAGACUUGAAUCGUACUACAACCAGUUCUUCCAGUUGGGUGUCAAGGAUGAAAGAGAUUUCCUGGACGGUGUAACAGAAGACGACCUAAACAACAUUGGUUUAAGUCAUGUGGAGAAGAAUCGUUUUUCAGCUAUGAAAAAUUUCAUUCAAAGACUCAGAACUCCGGGAUGCCAAGUUCAAACUGUGACGCCUGUGCAAAAAUCACUGGAACUGUUUUCUCUGCAGUACACAUACCCUAAAUGUCCUCAACCAAAAUGCAUUCAAGAUUUGGAUCCAGCCCAAAACACAGUUCAGGACCUGAUGUUACGGAUUGGCCAUCUUGAAAGUGUUGGCAAUUCCAAAGGAGUCUGUCUCUACAUGAUGGAUGGGAUGCCGUUGACGGACGAUCCCUUCUUCAACACAUGGUCUUUGAAAGACAGGCAUAUCCAGAGUGGGACUGUAAUUUAUGCCAUCUUCACACCAAAGGAAAACCUGAAACAGGCUCCUCAGAUACCAAAGCGAGAGGCUGGUGAAAUCUAUGGAGAAAACUUGGUUCGGUGCCACAUCAUGCUCAAAGGAGACUUUGAGGUGGCAGUGAACUUGGCAAGUGACACCAUAACCAGCCUGAGACUCAAACUGGCAAAUGAAAGUGGAAUCCCGGCACACGUGCUUCAUUACAAAGGUAAACACUGUGGUGGCGACACGCUGCAGAGUUGUGGAAUAUCUGAAGGGUCAACAGUUUCCUUCUCUUUGUCCACCUUCCCUGAUGAGACUCCGCUCAACGAGACAUUCUUCAUUAAUGAUGUUGUGCCUUCGGUCCAACAAACCCAGAAAGGAAUCAGCGUGUUCCUGUCUUCACUUUAUGUUGUAAAACGUCAUUAUCUAAAAGAGAAACUGAAGAAACUUAUUUCCUACAUACGGAAACUGACUGGAUGUCACCCUCUCGCCCAAAGUUUGCAUCAGUUAUUCUGCAGGAAUGAAAUAUUAACCAGAAAUCAGAAGAUCGCGGUUAUUGAAGGCUUGUACACCCUCUUCAGAGAGCUUUUACCUCAACGCGGAACACAGCGAGGGGAGAAAGUCAUCGAGGACCUUGAUGUCUUUGAGAAUUCACUGUACUGCUGGGCACAUCUCUUAUCUGAGGCAGAGAAGCAGACAUCAGAUCUUGAGAGCUACGCUCCGAUUGCUCUAACGUCCGAAGAUGGCAGCCGUUUCUGUGAGCCAGUCAGAGUACCUGGAGUACCCAGCACAUUUGAAAGAGCGUAUGUUCUCCAGAAAAUCAAAGAUGGAGAAAAAAUUCCAAAUUGCUCUGAGGAGGUCUUACGAGAAACGUCCUUACAGAGAGCCAACGACGUUGAAAAAAUCCUGCUCAGUCUGCCUCCAUCCACCAGAACGUAUCCUCUCUGGAUCCAUCAAGACAAGACGACUGGUCAGAACUUUCGGAUAAAUAUGGAAAAGACUUUUGGAUGUAUGGUGGAAGAAUUAAAAUCCCCUUCCAAUCAGUACCUCAAUGUGACCCCACCUCUACAUUUGAAGGAGCUCGGACAGUGUGAGACACGUCUUGUUCUGCUGAGUGAAGACAACCUUGGUGUGUGUUUGCAUAAAGAAAAAGGAUCCCCUGAUAUGAUUAAAGUGCACGAUUGUUUGGAUGGCAAAUCAAUAUCAGUGGAUGUGAAUCUGUUGGCAGCCAGGACUGGUGACCACAGAGAUGACCGAACAUUUGUCACAACAAGGAGUCCAAAAGAAGCAAUACUGGUGCUGAUAGACACGAGCUCCUCCAUGGAAGAUGAGUGCUAUGGAAGUGCAGAUAUAAAGAAAAUUAAUGUGGUGAAAGAGCUCUUUGACAACUUUGCAACAAGGAGCAUGGCUUAUGAUUUUCAUCACGUCAUUGGCCUCGUGACGUUCGACUCAAUGGUGAAAACUCUCCACAUGUUCACUGAAAAUCUGGAGAAGUUCAAGGAAUACAUACGCAACCUCGAGGCAAGUGGAUGUACUCUGCUGUACGACGCCCUGCGACGCGGGGCAUCCGAAUUGGAAAAGGUCAAGACGAGGUUCCCAGAUUGUAGACUUCGUAUCAUGUGUCUCACUGACGGAAAUGAUUCUGGAUCCUGCUCAGAGCCAGUUGCUGUUACUGCCAAGCUGAUAAAAUCUGACAUCACCGUGGACUCAAUUCUUCUUGGAGAUGUGGAGAACAAUAUGCUGCAUGGAAUCAGCAAUGCAACAGGUGGUUGCUGUUUCAAACCACAGACAGUCAAAGAGGGCCUGAAGCUCUUUGAGAUUGAGACUGUUCUGUCUUUGGAGCAGAGGAAACUCAAGAAAAAACUUGACCCGUCUUCCAUCAGUGAGCGUGAUUUGUCCAGCGUCUUCACGACUCACGGAUAUGACGAAUGCCCAGAGACGUCCCUGCCAAGCCAGAUAAACAGCAAAGUGACAGUGACGGAGAGUACUCUGAAGAAGAAGAUGUCGCAGUUGAAACAGGGGUGGUUUCUGGAGAGGGAUAAACGUAUCCUGGAGGAGCUCAGGAGCCUGCAUUGUGAUCCACAUCCCUUCAUCAGAGUCUUUCCAUCAGAGUCAGACUUCACGUUCUGGAAGAUUCUCAUGGAGGGUCCUCCUGACACACCAUAUGAGAAAGGUGUGUUUGAGCUGUACUGCCAGUUUGGUCCCGACUACCCGGUGAAGCCUCCACUCGUCCGCUUUGUCACUCAAGUGUACCACUGCAACGUCAACAGUGUGGGCCGCAUCUGCCACAACAUAUUUGACCGCAACUACAACGCCCACAUCACCAUGAGAGAGAUACUGGAAGCUGUGUAUGGACUGCUCAUCAUCCCUGAGCCUGAUGAUCCACUGGACAGCAUUUUGGCCGAAGAAUUCCUGACAAGCCGUGAGACGUAUGAGCGAAAAGCUGAGAAACAUACAGAGGAAACAGCAGGAAAAUCUCUGGAUGACAUGGAGAAAACGUUGGUGGAGCCUGGGCCACAGUUUAUUCCCCAACAUCUGAUCUGUCCACUGACCAAGAAGAUGUUCAUUGACCCUGUGAAAACCAUAUAUGGCACCGUGUAUGAACGCAAAGCCAUUGAGGAGCACCUGAAACAGCACCAGUAUGAGCCGUUCGCCGGCCCAGAGCACGAGCUCGAAAUGAGUGACAUCACAGCAGAUCUGGACAUGAAGAAAAUGGUGAUGGAUCAACGUUAUCGUCAGAUUAAGUUAAACUAAGUACAAAUUCAGCUCUCUGGAGAGACAUUCAGUAAGUGUUUGAUAAGCCUGUUCAUACUGGUAACAUAAUUUCCCUUUAAUCUUUCAAAAUGUUAUAUAUAUAUACUUUAUAUAUUUCAGAAGGUAUUACAGUUAUUUGAUAUUAAACUUCUGCUGUACAUGAAGUUUAAGGGGAAGUUACUUGUUUCUCUCUUAAGGUGCUUGAGUUACUUGUUACUUUUAAAAGGUAAAAUAGUGAAAGCUUUUACAUACAAAAUACAGUUUUGUAAGUUUUAAUUUUCGUGUUUGUAAAAUUUAAAGCCGCGAUUUGAAAUAUUUUGUGCACACAUGGUUUUGUGACAAUAAAAUGUAUUGCAAAGUG